AAUCAACAAAAUAACUGUCAAUCGGCAGCCAUAUCUGUUGUGAAACCAUCGCGCAGAGAUCGUAUUAAUUUUUUCCGAGUUUUACUUCCUAAUAUUAGCAAAAAAGCGACCGUAAAAGAGGUCAAUGUAAUGUCCUUUCAAAGUAGCGGCAACAGUGCCGUAUGCCGAGUUUGCCGGCGUGACAAAAAUGGUUCCGCUCCUUUCGUUUCGUUGUUCCUAGAAGACGAUCACCAUCAAGAUGAUACCGGUAGCAGUAGAGGGGGAGCAAAGGCAACGCUGGCUUCCAUGCUGGAGUUCGUAGGAAGUGUCUCGGUUUUGCCCGAGGAAGUCGGCAUGCCGCAGGAGAUUUGCGUCCCUUGCGUGAGUCAACUAAAGGCAGCUUACAGCUUCCGCAAGUUGUGCCUGGAAUCGGACGAAUUGCUCAGGAAGAGGAGCAAGCGUGGACUCAUUGUAGACGUAGAUGAGUCUCAGCAACAACCAUCGCCAACAAGCAGCGGUAGAACCAACAACAGUCUGGUCUAUCUGCAGAACUAUGAUCCCUCCUUUUAUGAACUGACCCUGGAUCGAUAUUACUACAUGGAGUUGACUUUCCUUGCGCUCCGUUGCUGCGGAUGUCGUCAAGCUUUCGUAUCGUCGAAAGAUCUCGAGACACACUCCAACCAAGUGCAUAAGAAAAAUCAAUUGGUUAGAGCUCCGCACCAGUGCCCGAUUUGCUAUUCCCAUUUCCCGUACGAGGAUGCUCUGCGUUAUCAUCACCAGGCAUUGCAAAGUAACGUGUUCUGCUGCCGAGAGUGCUAUCUUGUGUUCGAGAAGAAGCAUACCCUAUUCGGCCACCUACGAUCGGAGCAUGGUCGAGCAGAGUACGAGUUGGAGCGGGACAUGUACGAGGAAGAACACCAACCAAUGGAACACAGCAUCUUCGACCCGGAUCCAGAGCCUACUCUUCUUGUCAGCAAUGUUCAAUCCCUAGCCGACCCAAAUGCCGAUCCGUACAGCAUGGGCUACUGCGAGAUAACAUCUGAUCUGAAACUCAGCGAUCUACGGCCUACUCAGUAUCGACUAGCGGAAACGACCGAAGGAUUCAGUAUUAUUGAGUUCACGUGGCACCGGUGCUGCGCUUGCAAUCACAUGUUCCGAACUCAAGCGGACUUGGAUGUUCACUGUACGGAGGAGCACCGGCUCCGCUACAAUCAAAACAGCACGAUAAAUGUCCAAAGCAAGCCGUUUCUGUGCGAGUUCUGCUGGCGUCGGUUCAAGAAGAAGAGUCUGCUCGCACUUCAUCAGAAGUUCAACAGGAAAAAGACCUACUCCUGUAAUAGGUGCUUGCACAUUUUCUUCGGCGGCCCAGCCUACGAGAAGCAUUUGCCCAUGUGCGGAGUCAAUCCGGUGCAGUUGACUUCAGUGGACGAAACGACCGCCGCCGCCGUCUACGUUGGCCAUCCGAUGAUGAAGGAGGAGCCGGAGGAGGAUCCGGAUGAUGAUGUUUAUAUUUUAAACGAUUGAUGCGAUUGAAAUGCAAUUAUUACCUAGUUGUAGAGUAAUAAAUCUCCGCACAUUAUCUUAUCUCCUACUAAAGAACUGCGUUUUUUUUACGUCAUACUACUAUGUAGGGCUGUUUGCAGAUCAUAUGAAAUUUCUCAGCCUAUUUCCCAUGCAGGGAUGGGAACACUCACUUGCUAUUUUCUCAUCUCAGAAGCAUGCUAUCAAAAAACAGUGUAUGGAGCACUUUUACCUUUCCCGGGUAGAGGUGAAUGGCAAACGAAAAACUAAAUAAUAACAAA